UUAAACCCUUGAAACUGUUACCAAACUGCCAGAGCAAAAAGAAGCAACAACAGCGGCGGCGGCGGGGACCAUGGUGAAAUCCUAUCUAAGGUACGAGCCGGCGGCUUCCUUCGGUGUAUUUGUAUCUUCUGAAUCGAAUAUCACAUACGACAGCUCAGGCAAGCACCUUCUAGCUCCGGCUCUCGAGAAGAUCGGUGUUUGGCACGUUCGUCAAGUCGUCUGCACCAAAACUCUAUCUCCUUCUGUUUCCUCUCGCGGCUCCUCUCUCUUCGUAAACUGUGUCGCCUCCUCCCCUUCUUCACUGGUGGCAAGUGGUUAUGCUGAUGGUAGUAUAAGGAUUUGGGAUUGUGAUAAAGGAAGUUGUGAGACUACAUUGAAUGGACAUAAAGGGGCUGUGACUGCUUUAAGGUACAAUAAGGUUGGAUCUUUACUUGCUUCCGGAAGUAAAGACAAUGAUAUUAUAUUGUGGGAUGUUGUUGGUGAGACGGGUCUUUUUCGCCUUCGUGGGCAUCGUGAUCAGAUCACGGACCUUGUUUUCCUUGAUUCUGGUAAAAAACUUGUUACUUCUUCCAAGGAUAAAUUUUUGCGAGUGUGGGAUCUUGAAACUCAGCAUUGUAUGCAAAUAGUUAGCGGCCAUCAUAGUGAAAUUUGGUCUAUUGAUGUUGACCCGGAUGAAAGAUACUUGGUCACUGGUUCAGCAGAUCUUGAACUCAGAUUAUUUUACAAUGUAAAGCAUGAGUUGAUGAGUGGAGAGUCUAUGGUGAAUGUAACUGCGGCUAAAGCUGGGAAUGACCGUGAGUUAUCUACUCAAAAUAAAUGGGAAGUUCUGAAGCCCUUUGGUGAAAUUAUGCGACAAAGUAAGGAUAGGGUUGCGACUGUGAGGUUUAGCAAGUCGGGAAAUCUGCUUGCUUGUCAGGUGGCAGGAAAAACUGUUGAACUAUUCCUUGUACAUGACGAAGUUCAAUCCAAGCGCGAAGCAAAACAAAGACUUAAAAACAGGAAGAAAAAGAAGAAGUCUGCAAAAAUGGAAGUUGAAGAAACUGAAAAUGUUGAAGCAAAUCAUGAUACUGAAGAAGCUGGGAAUACAUUGGUUGUUACAGUUGCUGAUGUUUUUAAGCUUCCUCCAACUAUUAUAGUCAGCAAAAAGAUAUGUUCCAUCUCUUUUUGUCCAGUCACUCCAGAGAGUUCACUAGCUAGUUUAGCAUUGUCUUUGAAUAAUAACUUGCUGGAGUUUUAUUCAAUUAAAAGUGAUGGAAGUGAAAAAACACCUUCUAUUAAGCUUGAAAGAACACUUUCUAUUGAGCUUGAAGGACACCGUUCCGAUGUUAGAAGUGUCACUCUUAGUUCAGACAAUAGUUUUUUGAUGUCAACCAGUCACAAUGCUGUGAAGAUUUGGAAUCCAAGUACUGGUUCUUGCCUUAAAACAAUUGAUUCUGGCUAUGGACUCUGUGGUCUAAUUGUACCCCAUAACAAAUAUGGAAUUGUUGGCACUAAAGAUGGGGAAAUUGAAAUUAUUGACAUUGAUAAUGGUACUUGCAGUGAAGUUGUUGGAGCUCAUGGUGGCUCUGUACGGUCAAUUGCUACCAUUCCAAAUGGAAAUGGCUUUGUUACUGGCAGUGCAGACCAUGAUGUAAAGUUCUGGGAGUACAUCAACCAAAAACCUGGUCAAGAUUCCAAAAGCCUUACUAUAUUAAAUGUGAGGACUAUGAAAAUGAAUGAUGAUGUUUUAGUGGUUGCCGUUAGCCCAGAUGCUAAAUAUGUUGCUGUUGCAUUGUUUGAUUGCACUGUAAAGAUCCUUUUUAUGGAUUCAUUCAAAAUUUUCCUUUCCUUAUACGGCCACAAACUUCCUGUCCUAUGUAUGGAUAUUUCAUCAGAUGGAGAUUUAAUUGUAACUGGGUCUGCAGAUAAGAAUUUGAGGAUUUGGGGCUUGGAUUUUGGCGAUUGCCACAAAUCCAUCUUUGCACAUGCUGACAGUGUUAUGGAUGUUCAAUUUGUCUACAACACACAUUACAUGUUCAGUGCUGGGAAAGAUCGUCUUUUGAAGUACUGGGAUGCUGAUAAGUUUGAGUUGCUUUUAACGCUUGAGGGACAUUAUGCUGCUGUUUGGUGCCUUGCAGUCAGCAACCGUGGUGACUUUGUUGUUACAGGAUCUCAUGACCGGUCUAUUCGCCGUUGGGAUCGUACUGAGGAGCCAUUUUUUAUCGAGGAAGAAAAAGAGAAAAGAUUGGAAGAAAUCUUCGAGGCUUACAUGGACGAUACAUUUGAAGACAGACAUGUACCGAAGGAAGAACUUCCAGAAGAGGGAGCUGUUGCAUUAGCAGGGAAGAGAACUCAGGAAACCCUGACAGCCGCUGAUUCAAUUAUUGAUGCACUAGAUGUGGCAGAAGUGGAGUUAAAACGAAUAGCUGAACAUGAGGAGCAACAGGCCAGAGGAAAAGUUGCUGAAUUCCAACCGAAUCUGAUUAUGCUUGGGUUAUCCCCAUCGGAUUAUGUCCUUCGUGCUCUCUCAAAUAUUAGCACCAAUGAUCUGGAGCAGACUUUACUGGCAUUACCAUUCUCAGAUGCCCUCAAGCUGCUCUGUUAUACGAAGGACUGGACUUCAAAUCAUGACAAGGUUGAACUGGUUUGCAGGAUUGUUACGAUUUUGUUGCAGACACACCAUAGUCAGUUAAUUAGUACCCCAUCUGCCAGACCAGUGUUGGCUGUUCUGAAAGAGAUUAUUUAUGCAAGAGUUAAGGAAUGCCAUGAUACUCUUGGUUUCAACCUUGCAGCAAUGGAUCAUCUAAAGCAAUUGAUGGCUUCAAGAUCAGACGCUCUAUUCCGAGAUGCAAAGUCAAAGUUGGUAGAGAUAUGUUCCCAGCAGUUGAAGCGUUUAGAAGCAAGAACGGAGAACAAAACAGAAAAACGAAAAAAGAAGAAACAUAAGAAAUAGAGUGAUGAUCUCCAAGAUGGGAAAACUUUCAUUAUUUAUUUUCAAGGUUUGGAGAGUGGUUCGCAGAAUGUUCUUCCUGGUUUAGGUAAGAAACAUCUUCAUUUUGAGAUUUUCAUGACCAGUUUGGCUAUACGCAUGGAUCAGAAAGAAUACUGAAAUGGGGUUUUAUAAUUAAUUAUUAUUAUUAUUAUUAUUAUUAUUAAUGUCUAUAUUACAAUUAUGCCUAGCCCGAGGAGGAAAUACAAGUCGGGUACAAAGGCAUUCAGCUCAAGAGCAACAAAAUAGAAAAAAAGAAGACAUUGGGGAUGUGGCCUAAUGUUUUCGUUAAGGACGAAGGGGGUUAGACCCUUAUUUUACUAAAUAUUAUGUAGGCUACAAAUAUAGGA